AUGUCGGGCGACUUCUCGGCCGCCUUGAGAAUUAUUUCCUCAGACGAUAAAGUUGCGAGGGUUGACGAACAAACAUUACAGUCCCUCCUAGCAAAACAUCCCACUCCAUCUUCUCCUACAACAGUACCAACACCAAGCCCAGAUCAUGAUUUUGUGCAUGUCGAUAAAGACGAAGUGUUGAGAGCCCUGAAGUCUUUUCGCCCUAGUAGCAGCGGUGGAAUCGAUGGCCUCCGUCCAAGUCAUAUCAUGGAUCUGGUCUCCUCUUCAGCUUCCGCAGCCGGAGAACGUCUUUUGACGGAUAUUUGUGGUCUAAUGAACGCAUUCCUCGAAGGGUCUCUGUCUGAUUUCCCACGCUCCCUUUUUCUCUCGGGUAACCUGACCGCGCUGAAUAAAAAGGACGGUGGAAUCCGUCCCAUAUCCGUCGGUAAUGUUUUCAGGAGACUGGCGGCUAAGAUCGCUUGCGCCAGGUCUUCACAUCUGUUUCCGAAAAUUUUCCAUAACAUACAGAUGGGUGUCGGUGUUAAAGGUGGCUGCGAAGCCACUGUCCACGCCGUGAGGGAUUUUACAGAGUUUUCACACUCUGCUUAUAACGACUGUAUUCUUGCUAAAUUGGACAUGAAAAAUGCUUUUAAUUGCAUCGACCGCUCAUACUUCCUUAAAGAAUGCAGCAAACAUAACAUUCCAUUACUCCCGAUGGCCAGCAUGUGCUACGGUUGCACACCUGAACUAAUGAUAGACGGACACACGAUCUUGUCCUCCUCUGGGGUCCAACAAGGUGACCCCCUUGGUCCAUUACUCUUCUCCAUGGGCGUUAACCCAACAGCACACGCCGUAAAAUCACCGCUCAACGUUUGGUAUCUGGAUGACAUUACUAUUGGUGGUCCUGCUCACCAAGUCAUCUUGGAUAUAGAAUCAAUCGCUGUAAGUCUGAACAAAAUUGGAUUACAGUUGAACCCUUCAAAAUGUGAGAUCAUAAACCUCAACGCCAACGAGGAAGAUUUCGCGACUAUAGUGGAAAAAUAUCACUCAAUCUUACCGGGUGGUAUUAUAACCAGGAAAGGGUCGCUUGAAGUCUUAGGAUCUCCCAUUUUCUCGGAAGGAAUCGAGAAAAUACUGUCCGGAAAAUUAUCCACUUUUGAGCUCAUGUCAAGCAGGCUAUCCAUCCUGGACGCUCACGAAGGGUUUUUCUUGUUGAAAAACUUCAUAUCACUCCCCAAGCUACAACACGUUCUCCGCUCUGCCCCCUGCUUUAUAAACCCUGAACUUCUCAAAGAACUGGAAACAGGGCUGAAACACAGUGCCGAAAAUCUCUGCAACAUUCGUUUUGACGAAGCCUCGUGGACCCAAGCCACGCUUCCAAUACGAUUCGGAGGCAUUGGUCUCCGGUCCCCAGCAGAUAUUGCAUUACCCGCUUUCCUCUCUUCUCGAUUGUCGUGUGACUCACUGGUGGUUGCUGUUCUCCCCCUUUCCACUGAACGCAACGCAUCCUCCUGGUAUCAGAUGGCAAUCGAAAUUUGGUCGAACAAAGGCCUCAAGACACCUGCUAACUCAUUCUCACAGAGAUGUUGGGACGACCUCUUAGAAAAACCUGCUUCGCAUAAAUUGGUCGUUGAAAACUGUAAAAUUAUGGUCAGUGCUUGUUUUGAUAAACUGGGAUAUAUGUUUCGAAUAUAUAUCCAGAAUUCUACAAUGUCUAACUCCGUCAUCUUUAAUCUUAAGGAUCGAUCAUUAAAUAGCGCAAUAAGUUCUUCAUUUUCUUUAAUAGACAAGUUUUUUGAUUCAGGACAAGAAAAAGAUUUCGUAUCUUAA